AUGACUUUUCCAUUCAAUACAAUUGUUUUCAUUUAUAAUAACAUCAUUAUUCGUUAUUAUCAAUGCAGACCCCGACAUAUUUAUGAGUCGUGUAUUCUCACCUGCUAUCCUCUUCCGACUCACCUGCCAUCUUUUCCCGCCUCACCAGCUAUCCUCUUCUGUCUCACCUUCUAUCCUCUUCUACUUCACCUUCUAUUCUCUUCCACUUCACCUGCUAUCUUCUUCCGCCUCACCUGCUAUCCUCUUCUGCCUCACCUGCUAUCUUCUUCCACUGCACCUGCCAUCUUUUCCCGCCUCACCUGCUAUUCUCUUCCGCCUCACCUGCCAUCUUCUCCCACCUCACCUGCCAUCCUCUUCCGCCUCACCUGCUAUCCUCUUCCGCCUCACCUGCUAUCCUCUUCCGACUCACCGGCUAUCCUCUUCUACUUCACCUGCUAUUCUCUUCUACUUCACCUGCUAUCCUCUUCUGCCUCACCUGCUAUCUUCUCUCGCCUCACCUGCCAUCCUCUUCCGCCUAACCUAUGA